AGGAAAGUCCCACCUUUUGAAGGCUGCAACUUGUUGUUUUAGACUGGCUGGCUGGAUAGAGAUACAGUCGAGUCAGACACAGAGAGAGAAGAGGGGGAGAGAGAGCUACACUCACACACACACACACACACACACACACAUACACACAAGGCAAGCGGACGGGGCCGUUGUCGCAGCGAUACGAAGAAAGUGUUUUGCCCGAGUGGGUGACGGUGGAGGAGGAGGAUGGCAACACUGGGCACAGAGCAGUUCAGGAGCGGUACCCCCUCACACACCCCCGACGGCAACGUGGUGAUGAACUUCAGCUUCGACGGGUAUCCGCUGGAAGAGGAGGAGGUCCAGAUCAAGGAGAGGCAGCGGCAGCGGCAAGGCAGCGCCAUGUCCAACGCCCACGAACCAGAUGUGGAGUCACAUCCCAAGGACAGCUACCACGGUAUCUACUUUGCCAUGCUGCUGGCCGGAGUGGGAUUCCUCCUGCCUUACAACAGCUUCAUCACAGAUGUGGACUACCUGCACCAAAAAUAUCCAGGAACAUCUAUCGUGUUUGACAUGAGCCUCACCUACAUCCUGGUGGCUCUUGUGGCCGUGAUUUUAAACAACGCACUAGUGGAGUUGCUCAGCCUACACACCCGCAUCACCGUGGGGUAUCUGUUUGCAUUGGGACCCCUGGUGUUUGUCAGCGUUUUCGAUGUUUGGCUGGAGCUGUUCACGGUGCACCAGGCGUACGGCAUCAACCUGGCAGCGGUAGGCAUCGUGGCGUUCGGCUGUACCGUACAGCAGUCGAGCUUCUAUGGUUACACAGGGAUGCUGCCCAAACGAUACACGCAAGGGGUGAUGACUGGAGAAAGCACUGCCGGGGUCAUCAUUUCCCUCAGCAGAAUUUUCACCAAACUCCUGCUCCCAGACGAGAGGAAGAACACCAUCAUCUUCUUCUUCAUAUCAAUCGCCAUGGAGAUGAUGUGCUUCAUCUUGCACCUGCUGGUCAAAAGGAGCAAGUUUGUGCGAUACUACACGGCCCACAGCAGCAGGGGCCACGAGCGGCUCAAGGUCAAAGGUCACGCGGAGCAGGGCCAUGGUUACCGGGUUCACCAUAAUGUCAAUACAGAGGAAGUAAGAUUUGAGAACGGCACGGUGGAAAGCCCGCAGUCAGAGGGGCCAGAGCGCGAGGUCCCAGUGACAGCCGCCUACAUGAGGUUCGAUGCACCAAGGUCGAGGCUGAGGCGAAACUGGCCGAGUUUCAGAGACAUCAUUCUACACCGGUACAUGGUGGCUGGCGUUAUCUGGCCCUACAUGUUGUCCAUUACACUAACGUACUUCAUCACCCUCUGUCUGUUUCCGGGCCUGGAAUCAGAAAUCCGCAACUGCACUCUCGGAGAGUGGCUGCCCAUCCUCAUCAUGGCCAUCUUCAACCUGUCCGACUUUGUGGGAAAGAUUCUCGCAGCCCUCCCUUACGACUGGAGAGGGCUCCACCUGUUGGCCUGCUCCUCCACGCGGGUGGUCUUCAUCCCACUGUUCCUCCUGUGUGUACUGCCCAGUGACCGGCCAGUGUUCAGCCACCCCGCCUGGCCGUGUGUCUUCUCCCUGCUCAUGGGCAUCUCCAAUGGUUAUUUUGGUAGCGUGCCCAUGAUCCUGGCAGCGGGCAAAGUCAGCCCGGAGCAGAGAGAGCUGGCAGGCAACACCAUGACUGUGUCCUACAUGUCCGGCCUAACCCUGGGAUCGGCAGUGGCCUACAUCACCUUCAGCCUGACCAGUAUGUCUCACACCUCAUGCAUUCACACUGAAACAGUCAACGGUACUUUCACCACAGGACUCUAAACAUGGACUCUCCACACCACUCCAACGAGGGGGUGAAUGAAGAAACACUAAAGAUUAUUUAUCUCAUCCCCAACCAAAACAUUGCUUGUCGUGUGCCAUCUCAGAUACAAAGGACUCCUUCCCCCGUGCAGUCUUGAGCACGGUUUCGGCUGCGCCUGUUCCUUUAGGACCACGUGGGAUCUCCAACACGGAUAAGCAGGAGGGCUUGAAGAUGCCUCAGGAAGAAAUGCCACUCAUCGAGUCCCGAGACUGUCUCUAACAGUGCCUGGUGAUCACCAUUUCUGUCUGUAAACCUCGACCAUGUUACAGUGUGUAUGUCUGCGUAUCAAAUAACACUCCCCCCCCCCCACUGUAAUCGAGGGUGACCAGCCUGUAAGACGUGAGAGGGGUGGUUGUAAACUCAAUGCGUUGAUCCUUCUUCACUGGUGUUAAAGAGCUGCAAGCCUUUUGUUGCGUCAUGUUUUGUUGAGGACUGCUUUGGUGUGUAUGUGCCAUGUUUCUGAAGGAAAAUAAUUGCCAAUAUUUAUGCCCUGUACAUAAGAGCAGAGAUCCUAUAGCGGAGCAAGAUAGACCACUCCUUCUAAAUGCAAUGGGCAGAUGUGUAGUACGCAACGGAGCGUAACGUGGGCCUUUUUUUCAUCCAUUUCAGUAACCCGACCCGACCCGCAGUGUAAUCAACGUUGCGGGGGAACAGUUUGUGUUAAUACAUUAUGAUUCUGAAAAUGAGGAGAAGAUUUUUACCAAGUAACUUUUAUUUUUACGAGGAUGUUUCCGUAACCGGUUUCCGUCUCCGCACUAGUAUCCUACGGGAUCUUUGGUGCGGAGACGGAAGCCGGUUACGGAAAUGGGGCCGAAAAUUCCCCAUGAAUCUGCCCAUGACCGUACUACGUCUUUUUCAUCGAGUGAUCUAUCUUGCUCGCUGUAAGAUCUUUGCAUAAGAGUGUACGGCUUCAAUCCAGCCCGGCACCUUGUCCUACUAACAAUCCAGUAGAGAUUUCUCGAUAAUGAACAAGGCCGUCGGGAGGCUCUUUGGGGAGAAAACAGGUCACAUCGUUCAUUUUCAUUCAACACUUCAGCGCUCUGAAGAUAGACACAAAACGCUGGAGUAACUCAGCGGGACGGGCAGCAUCUCUGGAGAGAAGGAGCUGGGUGACGUUUCGGGUCGAGACCCUUCUUCAGACCCGAAGACCCAAAACGGGUCCUCCUGCAGAUACUCCUGCACCUAUUGCCCAUUGUCGAUUGACCCAUUCCUUCUCUCCAGAGAUGCUGCCUGUCCCGCUGAGUUACUCCAGCGUUUUGUGUCUAUCUUCGAUGUAAGCCAGCAUCUGCAGUUCCUUCCUACACACUUUAACGCUUAUGCCCCUGUCCCACUUAGCAAACCUGAACGGAAACCUCUGGAGACUUUGCGCCCCACCCAAGGUUUCCGUGCGGUUCCCGGAGGUUUUUGUCAGUCUCCCUACCUGCUUCCACUACCUGCAACCUCCGGCAACCACCUGCAACCUCCGGGAACCGCACGGAAACCUUGGGUGGGGUUCAAAGUCUCCAGAGGUUUCCGUCCAGGAUUCCUAAGUGGGACAGGGGCAUUAGUUUGACAAUAGUAAGCAAUGGAUGGUGGAAUACACCCCCCAUAUCAAACAGGUGGUUUGCCUGUCAUUCUUUCUGAAGCCCAUUAAGUUCUCUUUUUAAAGAACUAGAACAAGAUGGCCAAUUAUUAUCUGAAUGGUGUCAAAUUAUGAAAAAUGAAGGUCGUUUGUAUGUUCUCCCCGUGACCUGCGUGGGUUUUCACCUGGGAUCUCUGGUUUCCUCCCACGCUCUAAAGACGGGCAGGUUUGUAGGUUUUGUAAAUUGUUCCUAGUGUGUAGGAUAGAGCUAAUGUACAGGGUGGUCGCUGGGCGGCGCAGACUCAGUGGGCCGAAGGGCCUGUUUCCCUGCUGUAUCCCUAAAAACUGAAACUAAACUGGAAAAAUACAGUGCGCAAUCUUUCCUUGUGCCUUGAAAGUUAUUCCGGUUUUAAGAAAUGCCAAGGUAUGAAAUGCAAUGUAACACUGGAGUAAGGUAGCGUUAAUAUGGAUUUCAAAUGUGCCAUGUAUGGUGAAUAUUCUCUCACAGACUCCUGGAGUAAAAUGUUAUUGACGGAUUCGCGGGGCAGUUAGAUAUGAUUCACGAGAAAAGCAAGCGUGCAGAAUUAAAUGAAGUAAAGGGGCUGCCCCACUGUACGAGUUCAUUCAAGAGUUCUCCCGAGUUUCCCCUGAUUCGAACUCGGAGAUUUACGGUAAUGGCCGCUCGUGGGUAUUCGAGGCUCUCGUGGACAUUUUCCAACGUGUUGAAAAUUUUUCACGAGUCUUCCCGAGCUUACCGUGUUUCCCGAGUACCUGCCGUUAGCGUUACGAGGCGCUAAGAGACGUCCCCGAGCUCCGACGUACCCGCUACGUACAUUCUACGUGCUUACCACGAGUUUGAUUUUUUUUAACUCGGGAGAGCUCUUGGGUAAACUGGUAUAGUGGGACAGGCCCUUAAGGCUCUUGAGGAGCAGAAACUCCAGCAUGGGCAGUUUACAACCCAGCCGGAUGAAUAUUGACUGCUCUAACUUCAAGUAUUCUUCACUUUCCCUCUCUCUCCAUCCCUCCUCCGACUUGUUUCACUGUCCUCCUGAUUAAAUUUUAUCUUUACAUGCCUCGUUGUCACCUUCGCUUCAGCGAGCAGUGGUCCAUUCUCCGUUUUCCUUCAGCUUCGUCCCCUUUGAUCCCUCGAUUUCACACCUUACCCUUCCACAUCUCUGUGCCUCGCACAAGUUAACAAGUUGUAGGAGUAGAAUUGGGCCAUUCGGCCCAUCGGGUCUACUCCGCCAUUCAACCAUGGCUGAUCUCCGCCUCCUCAUCCCAUUCUCCUGCCUGCCUUCUCCCCAUAACCCUUGGCACCCGUUCUAAUCAAGAACCUGUCUAUCUCUGCCUUAAAAAUAUCCACUGACUUGGCCUCCACAGCCCCCUGUGGCAAAGAGUCCCGCAGAUUAACUCUCCCCCUGAGUCUCGGUCUGAAGAAGGGUCUCGACCUGAAACGCCACCCAUUCCUGUCUCCAGAGAUGCUGCCUGUCCCGCUGAGUUACUCCAGCACUCUGUGCCUACACCAGUAGACACUGCUGGGGCGGUCAUUUCCUGCGCUGUAAACACUGUGUGAAUUAAUGGUACGAGUUCGCCAAACCUGGAAACACUGUGUUACCAAUCUUAGUUUCAGCUAAGUAUUAAAUAGCCAAAUCAGAUCAUUCAGUUUCACUGUGAGUAAUAGAAGCCUUUUCACUAGUGACUGGGGCAGGGUAUUGAAAUCCCUGCCGACAUUGAAGUGAUCCCAAUUGUAAAGCUACCGUAAUAAUGUAACUGUCAGGGGACCAUGUACAGGCAGUGUCUCGGUGUUAAAAUGAUGCCAACCUGAUGGUCGCUAAAUGCUUAUCCUCUGUUUUUUAGGUUUAUCUAUUUAUCCUGUUAAAUAAUUUGCAGAUGUAUUUAGAAUUAAAGCAAAGAGUGAAAUGUCAGAUUAUCUGCUGUGGUUUUAUCAAGUAUAUAUUUAUUUUGCAAAUGAAAGAUCCCGUGUCAGUAUUCAGCUGAUCCGACUAUUGGAACAAUUCUAGUGAUGUGUUAUUUCUCAAUAUUUGUGACGGUCACGGGGGCACAGCGGCAGAGUUGCUGCCUCACAGUGCCAGAGACACGGGUUCGAUCCUGGCUACGGGUGCCGUCUGCACCAGUUUGUACCUUCUCCCCGAUAGCUGUGUGGUGGGUUUUCUCCGAGAUCCUCAGUUUCCUCCCACGCUCCAAAGACGCAUGGGUUUGUAGGUUAAUUGGCUUGGGGUAUGUUUGUAAAUUACCCCUAGUGUGCGUAGCAUAGUGUAAUAAUGCCCCUGUCCCACUUAGGA